AGGGAGCUGUCCAACGUGGCUUUGUUGGGCAUUCAUUUAAACUUUCAAUUUAAAUUCAUUGGCUGCUGUUCCCAAGACAAAUCUGGACUUUUCAGCCAUUUCUCAGAUCAAAUGCUUGGGAAUAAUAGUAAUAAUCAUAAUAACAGUAAUCCUAAUAGUAAUAAUAAUAAUAGUAGUAUAAUAAUGAUGAUGAUGAUGCCAAUAGCAGCUGUGGUUGCUGCACAGUCUGAGUGCCCCAGGGAGCAGCUCUGAACCCGGGGUGCCAUGGGUGCCUCUGAAGGACGUGCAGGAGCUGAGGCUUUCCUGCCACCGGGAAGGUUUGGGUUAAACUGGGAAUGCUGCCCCGGGCAGGCUGAAGCUGAAGGAAGAUUUGAACUCUCAGGGAUUUCGGGCUCCUGGCAGAACCAGCCUGGCAUUUCUGCCCUCAGUGCUGGGGCUGAGCCCUCCCUGAGUACCUGGGCCUGGCACAGUCUGGCAGUGCCAGCUCUGCCCCCCGAGGGCUGCUCAGAUUCCUCCUGGAUGUGGGUCCAGUGCUGGUCACAAUGCAGACCCUGGGGUGAGCAAUGAUGGCAGCAGAAUUCAUGGACCCCGUGUGAGCCAUCAGAGAAUCCCAGAAUGGUUUGGGUGGGAGGGACCCCAAAUCCCCCCCAGAGCCACCCCAGCCAUGGCAGGGACACCUCCCACUGUCCCAGGUGCUCCCAGCCCCAGUGUCCAGCCUGGCCUUGGGCACUGCCAGGGAUCCAGGGGCAGCCCCAGCUGCUCUGGGCACCUGUGCCAGGGCUGCCCACCCUGCCAGGGAACAAUUCCCAAUUCCCAAUCUCCCAUCCAGCCCUGUCCUCUGGCACUGGCAGCCAUUCCCUGGCUCCUGUCCCUCCCUUUUCCAAAGAAAGCCACAAUGGAAGAUCUGGUCUUUGAAGCUGCUGUGGACAGAAAAGCACGAUGGAGCCUUCUGUGCGCAGGAGGAUGUGGGGAGUUCAGCAGCGCUCUCUGUAAAUCUGUCAGUGCCAUCGCCGCCGAGCCGGGGCUGCUGUUCAGCGGGAAAACACGGUGGGAAAGGGCUCCUUACACCUGCAGGGGGCAAAGCUCACCUGGACUGGGUGACUCGAACUCCCUGCCACAUCUGAACCGAGAGGCAGCGCUGCACACCGCAUUUUUAAAGUGGAUUUUUAGGGCUGGAAUGAGCUGGGCUGGGAGGUCCCUUCCUGCCCCAACCAGGCUGGCAUUCCGUGGCCCUGCAGGGCGUGGAGAGGCAGAGUGGUGCUCGUGGCUUUGGCAGCAGCCAGGGAUGUACAGAACCUCCUGUCCUGCGGGUACCUGGCUGUUUGUCACUGUCCUUCUUGGGAAAAUCCUUCAGAGUGGGAGAAAGGUUUGGGGCUGUGGCUUUGGUGGCUGUGCUGUGGUGGGUGGGGAGCCCUUCCCAGCGCUCUCCUUGCAGCAGCAGAGCGGUGUCACCAUUCUGAGCACAGCCUCAGCCCCUGAGAGCACCCUAAAAUGCAGAUUAUGGGAUGGCAGUGCCGGGACAGGUGGAGCUGCAGCAUGGCUCUGGGUGGGCCUGUGCCCUCUCCAUUAUCCUCUGCCAACUUUGAUAGUGGAGCCCUGAAAAAUGUUAAAAAUCGUCUUUGAAAACGUUAGGCCCUGUGUUUUCUCAGAUCACUGCACCUGUGUAAGCAGUAUGAUAAAUGAUAGAAUUGUUAGAUAUGAUGAUUGUUUAGUAAUGAAAUAUAAUUAUUAUAUAACCAUAGGAAGAAUCAUGAGAAACUAUGUUGGAAAUUUAAAGGGGGCUAUGUUUAGCUGAAAUCUGUGUAUACAAUAGAACAAUAUAAGUUUGAUAAUUAACAUGAAAGUUAUAUAACAAUAGAGUAUAAAACACGUUCACCUCGAAUGUAUGGUGGGAGUCAGAUUUGGGUGGAAACCACCACGAUUCCCAGAGCCCUUGAAUAAAAAGCACCACAUAUAA